UCUUCUGCCGUUCCCCCACCCAACCAGUAUCCCGCUUCUCCUUCCUCUCACUCCGCCCCCUCCCCUCCCUUCCCCCGAUUAACUUUUGCAACGAACGGACUUCUCUCGCCUGAAACUUUCUUCCCCUCCUGAUUGGAUUCUUUUGGUUAAGACAAACGCCUCGUCCAUCCAUCGUGUGUAGAUUUUCCUCGGGGAUUCCCCCCCCAAUUGUUUUUUUCCUUGGCGGGGCGGGAAAAGAAAAGGCGCUCGUGAACGUGGCUUCUUUGGGAAAAGCAGCUGCAUUUGGAUGAUCCCAAGACAUGUGAAACAGGGUAUUGCUGUGGUAUCUACCUUUGGCAUGGGCAACCUUUUGCAGACCUGGAGGAGAAGAGCUGGAAGUAGAGGAACAGCAUUCAAAGCUUCCUUACUAAGAAGACCCAAGGUGUGAGAAGGAGAAGGAUAGCUUCUUUAGCCUAGCAGUCAUGCCUUUUGGGCUGAAAUUGCGAAGGACACGGCGCUAUAAUGUCCGAAGCAAGAACUGUUUCAUGACCCGGAUUCGAUUAUUGGACAACAGCGUGAUUGAGUGCACACUGUCUGUGGAGAGCACUGGGCAAGAAUGCUUGGAGGCCGUGGCUCAGAGGCUGGAAUUACCAGAGACACACUAUUUUGGCCUUUGGUUUCACAACAAGAGCCAGCAAGUGCGAUGGGUGGAACUGGAGAAGCCUUUGAAAAAGCAGCUGGACAAGUUUGCCAGCGAGUCUUUGCUUUUCUUUGGGGUCAUGUUUUAUGUGCCCAGUGUUGCCCUGCUGCAGCACGAAGUCACAAGGUAUCUGUAA